AUGGAAAGAGUAUUCGUUUGUGAUGUCUGCCAGAAAUCUUACACAACAAGUAAACAUCUCACACGACACCAGAAGAGUCAUGAAGAAGCUACGUAUUCUUGUCAUAUUUGUCAAGAAAAAUUCGUUAGACAAGACAAUUUAACUCGUCAUUUACGAAACGCUCACAAGAUCUUGAAAAGAUCUGCUGUCGACAAACCUGACGUUCCUGCUGCCAAGAAGAUCCGUUGCGACGAAUGUCCAGCGUAUUUCGACUCACGAAAAGAUCUGGAAGACCAUCAGACACUCCACAUACAACAGGGAGGGAGACAGCCUCCCCCAGUACAAGAUUUACCACCACCACCACCACCACCAGAAGAACCCAUGGAAAUAGAACAGGAAGCUAUCAAUGGAUUGGUUAGAGAAUUUCUGUAUGUACCAAAACCUGGGGAACAGUAUGAUUUAUUGAAAGCCUUCCAACAGUCCAGGAACAUGAUCAAAUACAUGUUAACAUCGGAAAUCGGUAGACGAGGGCGAGCUAUUAAAUGGUACCUUAGCGUUCAGGUGAAGUUGGAAAAACAUUCACCCGAAGGUAUCGUAGACAGAGCAGAGCCACACUUUAGAUCCACGAACUAUACCUACAUGACCUCAAAUGAUGUCAACGAUCACGAAUUGAACGAAGCUUACCAGAAAAUGUAUGCCAGCUUUGAAGAAUUCAUCAGACACGGGAGUAAUUGGAGAUUAAAGAAAGUGAUAAAGUUGAAACUACACGUACUACCUUACAGACCCCUCGGUGGAUCCAGUUACAUCGACCUCCCGCACACUCUACGUAAAUCAAAGUGUAUUACCAACAUUCAAAACACCGACGAGAAAUGUUUCCUAUGGAGUGUGCUUGCUGCUUUACAUCCCGUAAGACAAGACCAACAUUUAUUGGAUCACUACAGACCAUAUCAGGACGAACUCAACAUGACGGGGAUCACCUACCCAGUAACAGUACAACAAAUUGACAAGUUUGAGGAUCAAAAUAACAUGUCAAUCAACGUGUUUGGAUUUGACAAGAAUAUCUACCCACUGAGAAUUUCUAAGAGCAAUGACAAGUUCCACGUGGAUUUGUUGUUGUUGACGGAAGGAAAGAAAACUCACUAUUGUUUGAUCAGGGAUUUAAACCGCUUCCUGUCCAGAACUAAAACUCGACAGAACGAACAUUUCUUUUGUCCCCUUUGUUUGCACGGAUUUAGAAGAAAGGAUUUAUUGAAUGCACACAAGGAGUACUGCGGAAAGUUUGGUACCCAGAAAACUACUCUACCCGCUGAAGGCAGUAUGGAGUCGGUAUUGCAUUUCAAAGAGAUCCACAAACAGAUGAAAGUACCUUUUGUGAUAUAUGCCGAUUUUGAAUGUUAUUCCGAACCUGCACACAUCUGUUCUCAAGAUCCAUCGGAAUCCAACUCAACCGUAACGACCAAAUUCACACCCUGUUCAUUCGGAUACGUGCGUGCUUCAAUCGACGAGCGUUACGACAAACCGCCCAUCAUUUAUAGAGGGUCUAACGUCGUGGAAACGUUUAUUAACUAUCUCAUGGAGGAAGAAAGAGAGAUCCAACAUAUCUUGGAAGAUAUAGAACCCAUGGUUAUGACCCAAGAAGACCAGGAAACUUUUGACAACACAGCAAAAUGCUACCUUUGCAACAAUUACUUUAAAAACAACAAAGACAAGGUACGAGAUCAUUGUCACGUGACGGGAAAGUUUAGAGGGGCUGCAUGCAACAAAUGCAACUUGCAGUUCAAACAACCUAAACACAUCCCGGUAUUUCUACACAACAUGUCCCGGUUCGAUGGACACAUACUCUGUGAUGCCAUAGGGAAAUACAAAGAACAAAAUAUCACAUGUAUAGCACAAAACAUGGAAAACUACAUUUCUUUUUCACUCGGGAAUUUACGUUUUCUGGACUCGUGCCGCUUCAUGCCUAGUUCACUAGAUACUUUGGUGACCAAUCUCAAAGACAAAGGACAUGACAAUUUCAAAUAUUUCAACAGAGAGUUUACGCUACCGGAACAUAGAGAAGUCUUGCUCAGAAAAGGGGUCUAUCCAUACCAAUACCUGACGGACUCUACGAAAUUCUCAGCCACACAAUUACCGUCAAAGUCAUCUUUCUAUAGUGAACUAUCUGAAGAGGAUAUUACGCAAGAAGAUUACGACCAUGCACAGAGAGUGUGGCAAGUGUGUGAUGUUAAACACCUGGGAGAUUACACAGACUUGUAUUUAAAAUGUGACUGUCUAUUAUUAGCUGACGUGUUUGAAGCUUACAGAACUUUAAAUCUCGACAAUUACCAGCUCGACCCCUGUCACUUCUACACUUCCCCCGGAUUAGCGUGGAGUGCUGCCCUUAAAAUGACUGGCGUGACCUUGGAGUUAUUGACGGACAUCGACAUGCACCAAAUGGUGGAAAUGGGUAUCAGGGGAGGUGUGAGUGGUAUCAUGCACCGCUAUGCCAACGCCAACAACAGAUACAUACCGGAAACUUACGACCCCACUAAACCGACAUCUUACAUCACUUCCUAUGACGCAAACAACUUGUAUGGAUGUGCCAUGAGUGAGUAUCUCCCCCACGGUGGAUUCACCUGGUUGACUGACGUUGAAAUUAGUCAAUUAGACAUAUCAACCAUUCCAAAAGAGGGUCAAUACGGGUACAUCCUGGAAGUGGAUAUGCAAUAUCCCUCACACCUUCACAGUAUACACUCAGACUACCCUCUGGCACCAGAAAACAGAUGUGUAAACAAAGAUGAACUGUCUGACUACAGCAAGACCUUAUGGAGAAGUUUGUCAGAAUGUGAACACAAGCACGACUGUUUGGACCAUUAUCAUUCUACACAGAAACUCAUUUCCAAUCUACACGACAAAGAACGCUAUGUUGUACACUACAGAAACCUACAAUUCUAUUUGGACCAAGGUAUGAUACUCACCACAAUACAUCGUGUCAUAAAAUUCAAACAGAGUCCGUGGCUGAAACCCUACAUUGAAUUUAACACCAACAAGAGAAAACAGGCUAGCAACGAUUUUGAAAAAGAUUACUAUAAAUUAAAAAACAAUGCAGUCUUUGGGAAAACAAUGGAAAACUUACGUAACAGAGUCGACAUUAAACUAAUUCAUUCGGAAGACAGACUUUGUAAAUAUUGUGCUAAACCAUCAUUCCAACAAUGCAGGAUUUUUAAUGAAGAUCUGGUUGGAGUACAGAUGUUGAAAACUAACUUACUACUGAAUCGCCCCGUCUACGUGGGAUUUACGGUCUUGGACUUGUCAAAACUCAUCAUGUACGAUUUCCAUUACAACUACAUGAAACAAAAUUACGGACAAAAUACAAAACUUUUAUUCACGGACACAGAUUCGCUAACCUACUUGACCCAUACUGACGACAUCUACGCAGACAUAUUUGUAAAUUUAGAUUUAUUCGACACUUCCAACUACCCUAUAGAUGAUUUAUUAUACAGCACAACAAACAAGAAAGUGUUGGGGAAAAUGAAAGACGAAACAGGAGGAAACCCGAUCAAGGAGUUUGUUGGCUUACGAGCCAAAAUGUAUUCCUAUGUGUAUGGGGACAGACAGAAACGAACUGCGAAAGGAGUUGCACGUGCCGUCAUCAAACAUUGCCUACAUCACCAACUUUAUAAGGAAUGCUUAUUUGACCAGACAGUGUUUUAUGCCAACAUGCAUCGCAUCCAAUCCACACAACAUCAACUUCAUAUCGUCAGCCAGAACAAAGUGACUCUGAACAGUUUUGACGACAAGAGAUAUAUACUAAACGGAAUAAACACACUACCUUACGGACAUUACAAAAUUGGACAAUGA